AUGUCCUUAGAAGAAAUUUCAGGUCAUGCUCAUGUAGGAGUAUUUAAAAUUAUAAAGGAACUACAAAAUGAGCAAAAACAAGUGCAGCUUCAUGUAGAAUCCAUUUUGCGAGGGGCACCACGAUCAUUACAAAGAAAACAAGAUCGUAAACGUGAAGAUCGUAUACAAACAGUGUAUAAUGAUCGCGAAAAUAGAGAACUUACUCAACAAAUUCCAGCGAGUCCACUUUGUACAGGUCAAGAACAAUUUGGCUUAAGUGCUGAUGAAGAUGAUGGACAUCGUUUGUAUGAGUUUUCUAUAAGAUGUAGAAUGCUUUGUGAUUUCAUAUUUUCUAAAUAUUUUUGCGAAGACCAGUUAUCUCCUUUUCAAUUUACGAUCUUUAGCGCUUCAACGGUGAAAAAUCUAAUUGUAAUUGAGCAAUGGGCAGAUUCGUGUGAUAGAAGAGUACCGGUUCGAAAACUGCCUAAGAGGAACAUACAUGUUAUAGUCGAACCACCUAUGUCAACUGUCACUUCGAGCCAUAAACAGGAAUUGCUUGGCCGAAUCGCAUCGUUGGAGUAA